AUGUCGGCUGCCCAGGUUUUGUUCAACACUACCCCAAUCAACACCAUACAAGCAGAACCAAAGCGUAGAGGAAGUUGGGUUCCCACACGAAGAAAGUCAGAAUGUCCUCUUGAAGUCACUAUCGAUCGACACUUUGAGGCCAAGAUCUACACCUCGGGCUCGACCAUCACGGGCUCUGUAUCGUUCUCACCCAGCGCAGAUCUCACCAUCGAUGCAUUCGAGAUAGUCUUCACGGGCUCUGAGACAACACUCGUUCAGAUGUUUCACCAAGGAACAAUGCCUAAGUCAGGACAUAAGUUCCUUCAGCUUCGAAUGCCAAUUCCAGAAAGUGCCCUUCCGCCAGAUGGAGUCCUUCAAGCUGGUCAAUCCUACGAGGUUCCUUUCUCAUUCGUCAUUCCAUACCAACUACCCAGCGCGGCUUGCAAGCAUCAAAACCCGAUUAUUCGGGAACGGCAUCUGCAGUUGCCGCCGACUAUUGGAUCCUGGGAGCACGAUGACAUGGCUGUUCACACUGUUGCUAUCAACUACGGUGUCGAUGCACGGGUGUUGCUUAAGACUGAUAAGGGCAAAUCGAUGGUCCUGGAGAGAACUCAUCCUGUGAAAGUCAUGCCUUUUCUUCCAGAGCAGCCUCCUCUGCAUAUCGUACCUGGAAACCCACGAUUUACUCUGACGCAAGAGAAGUCGAUUCGGAAGGAUAUUCUCUCUUCUAAGCUUGGCUACAUCAGAGCGACUACACGUCAACCGGAUCCUGUCAUUAUCUCAGCCGACAAGUUGCAACCAUCAGAAUGCUCACUCAACAUCGAUCUCGAAUUCUGGCCAACCUCCAAGAAAGCAACGCCGCCUGAGAUGUACGCAAAGUCGGCUAACAUCAAAGCAUCGACAUACUACUCCACAGGGCAUCUAAGCUUUCUACCAGACCAACAUAACUUUCCAAGCGUGAUGCCGAAUCCCAUCUUGAGCUUUGUUCUCGAUGAGAGCGCCACGAUUACCAAGUCUCCCAAGCCUCACUGGGAACAGACAUCAGCUUCAUUCUCAGCACCGAGCUCUCGCCGAGGCUCAGAGAACUCAACUAUGGGCGAUGAACAUCUUCGCACAGCUUCCAGACGAGGUUCGAAGAGCAGUGAUAUCAUCAAGACGGAAGCGCCAAGACAUACAGCCACUUUACCCGUUUCGAUCGCGCUGCCGAGCCCCGAUAACAAGAUCUUGCUUCCAACAUUCUACUCUUGCCUGAUCAGCCGGACGUACAUCUUGGAAAUCGUUUUGGCCUCGCGAGCACAUGGUUCAAGCUUUACGCUGCGACUGCCUCUGCAGAUUGCCGUCGAGGGACAUCACGAGACGGGCAUAAACCACGUGCCAACUUAUGAGCAGGUUCAGGCAGGACAAGACCUUUAUGAUGCGCUGCCGACUUACGAUACUGUUAUCUAA